GAAAAAAGGAGAAGCCUGGUAAAUUUACUUCGGUUUUCUUGCGUGCUAUUUUAUAUUUCGGUUUGUCAAUCUUUCAGCCGAACUAACAGUUGUCUUUUUUCGCAGAUUCUGCCCACCUCCAUUCUUUGUACAGCUACCCCAAUGUAGCGACUUUGCGCGCCGCACUACGGUAUCCAGAACGUAGUUGGGCUAAGUUGCUAAAGUUCGAGCCGACCUACAGAUACAGCGGCCGCUGAAAAGCGAGAGUGACCGACUUUCUUCUAGAGGAGGCCCCAAAACCGGACCCAACCUUGCCAGAAAUCAGACUAAUCCCCCUAACUGCUGAAGAAGAAAUGGCUAAGAGGAACAGAGUAAGGGCACUUCUUACCGAAACUAACAGACCCGAGGUACCACAAACCGGUCAAACGACUGAGACCGUGGUAGCCCUUCCAUCCCAGCAGCCAUCCUCAUCACGGGCGAACAAGCGUGCCCGGACUAGCCAGACCGAGCAGCGACUUGUUGACGAAGACGAGUCCACCCUUCCACCAAGUCCUCAACCCAUCCUUCAACCGGAGCAAUUUGACCGAGCUGACUCCUCCAAAUGGGCUCCAAAUCUCACCUUUCAAGACCGAAAUAUCCAGGAGAUAGACUCGGUCGUUGCUGAGAAUGAUCACUUGAUGGCUUUCAAUCUAGCUAAGAGUGUUUGCCUUCUGAAAGAUAUGGAGCACCAUAACAAGCAACUAAACACCGAGCUGAAGGCCAUCCGGUCUUCAACAAAAUCAAUGAUCCUGGCCAUUCAGAAGAACAACAUUGCACAUAAAAAAGUGCUGGAGCUCCGCAGGACAACCACGCAAGUCAUGGCGGAUGCCGAGGCAAAGACAGCCGAGCUUGAGCGAACCAAGAAGCAGAUAGCCGAGCUACAGUUCGAGAACGGUCACUUGACCGGACUUGUUAGCUCGGCUGAAGCUGAAAAACAAAAAAUUGCAGCAACGGUGAAAGACAAGUACUUGCGCGAGUUGGUCAAACUCGAAGGCAAAGAAGACGCCGAAAUAGCCGAUCUGAAGAAGAAGGUCGGUGACGCCAACGCCCAAGGUUUCAAAGAGGCGGAGGGCCUCUACAUUCCGCAGUGCGAGGGGGCGAAGGACUUAUUCUUCAAGUGUGGCUGGAGGAGUGUUGUGGAACAACUCGGCUGUGGGCCUGAAACCGAGGUCUACAAUGCUCCACAGUACUUCAUUCCAGCCUCACUAGCGGAAUAUGCUGCUUCGGUCCAAGAACAAUUUCUGCAGGACUCAGAUGAUGAAGACGAUGAAAACGAACAAACUGCUACUCCGGUAGUCAACGAUCAAUCAACUCGGUUGGAGGCAACGGUUGAAGACCUGACUGUUGAGCCAUCGACUGCUAUCGUUCUGCCGGUUGCUACUGAGACGGAUCUUCCAUCUGCAACCGGCGUUCAAGUUGACAUUGACGCCGAAAUUGAAGACCUUUUCUCUUGAUUUUGUACUUUUCUUUUUUGUUACUUCUUUACUCUUGUAACCGGGCUAUGGCCCCUCCUUUGUAUUUGCGUUUUGAUGAAUGAAGAUUUUCUUGAACUCUUA